AAAAAGAAAGAAAGAAAGAAAAAAAGAUUACCUUGUCCCACCCCCUUCUCCUCCCCCCCUUCCACUCCACUUCUGCAAGAAGAACUCGCUCCCUCCCUCCUUCCUUCCUUCCAUCCAUCCAUCCAUCCAUCCAGCUCCAUCAGUCCACCAGCCCUGGGAAAGCCGAGCGAGCGGCUCCGCUGAGAUCUCGCAGCCGCCGCCGCCGUCUUUUUGCAAUAUAGGGGAAAAGCAGACCAUGGUGAAUCCGGGCAGCAGCUCGCAACCUCCCCCGGUGACGGCGGGCGCCCUCUCCUGGAAAAGGUGCGCCGGGUGCGGGGGCAAGAUCGCCGACCGCUUCCUGCUCUAUGCCAUGGACAGCUAUUGGCAUAGCCGGUGCCUGAAGUGUUCCUGCUGCCAGGCUCAGCUUGGGGACAUUGGCACGUCCUGUUACACCAAGAGCGGUAUGAUCCUUUGCAGAAAUGACUACAUUAGGUUAUUUGGGAACAGUGGGGCAUGCAGUGCUUGUGGACAGUCCAUCCCUGCCAGUGAGCUUGUCAUGCGGGCGCAAGGCAACGUUUAUCAUCUGAAGUGUUUUACGUGCUCUACCUGCCGGAAUCGCCUGGUCCCGGGAGACCGGUUUCACUACAUCAACGGCAGUUUAUUUUGUGAACAUGAUAGACCUACAGCUCUCAUCAAUGGUCAUUUGAAUUCACUUCAAAGCAAUCCACUACUGUCAGACCAGAAGGUCUGCUAAAAGGUCAGAGUAAUGCAGAAUGCGUGCCUUCAUCUCAAAUUUUGUUCAUCCCAGAUGGAUCCCGUGUGUCUCCAGUAGACAAGUCACCUUUGUAGCUAGCCCCAGCGCCAGCUUCAUACCACUGCACCUUCUUUAUUCCUGAUUGCCCUUCCCACAUUUAUUGGUGUAUUAAAAUGACUGAAUAUGAGCAUUAAGGACUCCAUGAACCUGGGCUAAUGGGAGACUGUAGAGAAUAUGAAAAAAAGAUCCACCGGAGGGGAGGGGGCUAGGGUGGGGGGGUGGGGAGGGAAAUGACUAAUGAAGCUAAUUAAAAGAAGCGUUCAAAUCUGCUUUCUACCCUCAUUAACAAUUAGCAGGGCACUGGCCGGCGUUUGUACCCUGUGUUUUUCCUUAACAACAUUCUCUUUGCUCUCUGUAUAUUUAGGUGUCGUAAGGAAAUGUGUUUCAAUCCAAACUGAACCUGAGAUAAAGGAAAGAGAUGUGGCUUUUGUGAUGCUCAAUCACACAAACACUUUUAUUGUAUCUCUGUAAAAUACAAUGUAUGUAUGCAUGUAAGUGUUUUUUGUCCUAAUGUUGCUACUUCCCAUGGCAAAAAAAAAAGGAAAAAUUGGAAAAAAAAAAAAAGUCAGGCUCAUAGAAGCUACUGUGUAGAAAUUCUGCCCCCCCCUCUAAUUUGCUGAAUGAAGACAAAUCUUUUAUUUGUGAUAUUUUCAGAGACAUUUGCUCUAGUAUGGUGUAUUUAAAUAAUAAAAAUGUAAAAGGAAAAUACCAAA